AUGGGCAAAUCUUCUAAAGAUAAGCGCGAUGCUUACUACCGUCUCGCAAAGGAGCAAGGCUGGCGUGCACGCAGUGCUUUCAAGCUGCUGCAACUGGACGAAGAGUUUAACCUGUUCGCCAACGUAACAAGAGUCGUUGACCUGUGCGCUGCCCCUGGUAGUUGGUCCCAGGUGCUGUCUCGUGUUCUCAUCAAGGGAGAGAAGUUCGGCCGCUCUGCAUGGGAGGAUCGUGAGGCCAAGUUCCGCCAGGAGAUGCUGAGCGUCUUCCCCGCUACCCCUGAAUCUGCCGCCGCAGGAGAGACGACCCAGGCCGAGACCGCUCCCGAAGAGACACAACCUCGCAAGGAUGUCAAGAUCGUGUCUAUCGACCUGCAACCCAUCAGCCCUCUGCCCGGCAUUAUUACUCUGCGCGCCGACAUCACGCACCCCGCCACGGUACCCCUCCUCCUCAAGGCCUUGGAUCCCGACUAUGACGCCGCCAACCCUAGGAGCCAACAAGCCAGUCAUCGUGUCGACCUAGUCAUCAGCGAUGGUGCACCGGACGUCACUGGCCUUCACGACUUGGAUAUCUACGUCCAAUCCCAGCUUCUCUUCGCCGCCCUCAACCUCGCUCUUUGCGUACUGAAGCCCGGCGGCAAGUUCGUCGCCAAAAUCUUCCGCGGCCGCAACGUCGACCUCCUCUACGCGCAACUCAAGAUAUUCUUCAAGACCGUCAUCGUCGCGAAGCCGAGAUCAUCCCGUGCUAGCAGUGUAGAGGCCUUCAUUGUCUGCAUCGACUUCCAACCCCCUGCGGGUUUCCAGGCCAGUCUCGAAAACCCGCUUGGCGUUGGUCACGAGCUACCCAGAAUGGUCGAGGAGAGGAGGAGCCAGCUGCCCGUUAUUGCUGAUGCGCUCAUGCAGAACCCCCUGACUGGAAAUUGGGAUUCUGCUCCCACGGCGUCUGCGACAAGGGGAGACGGCCAGGUUGUUGAGGUGGAAGCCUACGACGAGACGGACGAGACGACGGAUCAUGAUAAGCACAUCAGAUGGAUUGCACCCUUCAUCGCAUGCGGUGACUUGUCGGCAUUCGACUCUGAUGCAUCAUACCAACUCCCCGAAGAUCACGUUUCUUUGGACCCCGUCCAGCCACCGACGGCACCUCCGUACAAGCGCGCAAUUGAGUUGAGAAAGGCCGCUGGCGGCGCAUACGGCAAGACGUCAAUUAAGGCAUGA